AUGACGUCAGGCCAGCAGGAUGGUGACAGGCUAUCGAUGCAUGAGAGGCUGCAGCAGGGCAUCCCCAUAACCACUCCCUUCAUCCCGGGGGCCCACCUGCCCUCCUACCUGACUGACGGGGGCUCGGCACACAACCCCCUCCUCCACCACAUGGUCCUCCUGGAGCAGUCCCAGAACCCACUAGGUCUGUCCUGCUGUAAGCAUAUCCACUCCGUCUCAGGCACUAUCCAAAGCACAUCAUCCCAAAAUCCUGGUUUCGAAGGACCACCUUCCAUGGUGGUGUCAGUGGCGGCUGGUGAAAGGAAGACGGCUCAUAGUAAUUUCUGGAAUGUAAUGAGUGUGUUUAAUACCGUUCCACUCAUUCCAUUCCAGCCAUAACAAUCAGUCUGUCCUCCGGUUUCAACACCAGCCUCCACUUAGUGGGUCCCCAAUGUUACUUGUGGCUCAUCCUCUUAAUGUUGUCGGUGUUUCCUGUGUUUCAGGCCUGGGCGGGCUGCCCUUGCAGUCGCCCUCCAUCCACAAGCUGCGUGGGCAGCACCGUCCCCUAGGAAGGACCCAGUCGGCCCCUCUGCCCCAGAACGCCCAGGCCCUGCAGCAGCUGGUAGUCCAGCAGCAGCACCAGCAGUUCCUGGAGAAACACAAGCAGCAGUUCCAGCAGCAGCAACUGCACAUCAACAAGGUAUGUGUGGUGUGUGUCUGGGAGGAGGUGGUGGGUGUGGGGGCG